UCGAUGGCAGCGCGAACCACAGCGAGAACACUUUACGGAUAUUCUUGGUGACUUUAGUGGAAAGUGGUCAUUGUGUAGAGGCGUCCGAUUACGCAAUUUACGUGAACGUUUGGUCGUAGCUAAGGCCCAGGUCACAGGAAAUGGUUCCACAGUGGACACACAAAUUGGAGCAGCACAGUGAAUAAGAGACACGGCGUUCAAAUAAAUAUUCGGGAUCAACUAAACUCAUAAAAGAGCUGAACAACCUUGUCACAGUUCUUGAUAUGGAGAGUGAAUUUGUGAAAAAUGCGAUGUGAAAUAAAAUAAAGUGGACGACGGGAGGAACUCUUCCCACGCUUCUCCACCUCUGAAGAAUGGCAGGCCUGAAGCUUGUCACCCCGGCCACAUCUCCCAUGGGGCCUUUUUUUGGGCUUCCAUGGCAGCAGGAGGCUAUCCACGAUAAUAUCUAUACACCUAGAAAAUAUCAGGUAGAACUUCUUGAAGCAGCUCUUGAACAUAAUACAAUCGUCUGCUUAAAUACUGACUCAGGGAAGACAUUUAUUGCAGUUCUACUAACAAAGGAGCUUUCCCACCAAAUCCGUGGACAAUACCCAGGAAAUGCGAAGAGGACUGUAUUCCUUGUCAACUCAGCCUUGUCUGUGGUUCAGCAAGCAGCUGCAGUCAGGACUCACUCUGACCUCAAUGUGGGAGAGUACACAGAUAUGGAGGAGACUUCAGCAUGGACUUGCCAUCAGUGGCAUGAAAAGAUAAUCAAUAAACAGGUGCUGGUUAUGACUUGCCAUAUAUUCCUGCACAUACUAAGGAAUCAAAUCUUAACUUUGUCAAAAAUUAACCUGGUGGUUUUUGAUGAUUGUCAUCUUGCCAUCGCUGAUCACCCCUACUGUGAGAUAAUGAAGCUUUUUGAUGGUGGCUUGUGCAAUCCUCGCAUUUUGGGUCUCACAGCCUCCAUUCUGAAUGGAAAGUGUGACCCAUCAGAUCUUGAGCAGAAAAUCCAGAAUUUGGAGCAAGUCCUGAAGAGCAACGCUGAAACUGCCACUGACCUUGUAGUUCUUGACAGAUAUGCCUCACUGCCAAGGGAAGUUGUGCUGGACUGUGGCCCCUAUCUGGAUAAGAGUGGGCUCUCCUCUCGUCUACAAGUGGAGUUAGAGGAAGCUCUUGACUUCUUGAAUGAUUGUAACAUAGCUGUUGCAAAAGAAGACAGAGGUCCCACAAUCAUUUCCUGUCAGGUCCUGAGUGACUGCAAGGCUGUGCUGCAGGUGCUGGGGCCCUGGUGUGCAGACAAAGCAGCAGGUAUCAUGGUGCGUGAGCUCCAGAAGUACAUCAAGCAUGAACAGGGAGAGCUUAACCGCAAGUUUCUGCUGUUCACCGACACGAUUCUCCGAAAAGUACAUGCCCUUUGUGAGGAACAUUUCUCUCCUGCCUCCCUGGACCUCAAGUUUGUCACACCAAAGGUUCUCCGCCUGUUGGAGAUCCUGCAUGAAUACAAGCCCUUUGAACGGCAGCAGUUUGAGAGUGUAGAGUGGUACAACAACCGGAAUCAGGACAACUAUGUUUCUUGGAGUGAUUCUGAAGAAGAAGAUGAGGAUGAAGAGGUCGAGACCAAAGAGAGGCCUGAAGCCAACUUUCCUUCACCAUUCACCAACAUUCUAUGUGGAAUUAUCUUUGUCGAGAGGCGUUACACUGCGGUCGUCCUAAAUCGUCUUAUCAAAGAGGCUGGAAAGCAAGACGCAGAGCUGUCUUACAUCAGCAAUAACUUCAUUACUGGCCAUAGCAUUGGCAAGAACCAGCCACGGAACAAGCAGAUGGAGGUGGAAUUCAGGAAGCAAGAGGAGGUUCUCCGCAAAUUCCGGGCUCAUGAAACCAACCUGCUGAUUGCCACAAGCAUUGUGGAGGAAGGUGUGGACAUUCCAAAGUGUAACUUGGUGGUGCGGUUUGACUUGCCAACUGAAUACAGGUCCUAUGUCCAGUCCAAAGGCCGAGCUCGAGCUCCUGUAUCCAACUACGUUAUGCUGGCUGAUAGUGACAAGACCAAAAGCUUUGAAAAGGAUCUUGGUACUUACAAGGCCAUAGAAAAGAUCUUGAGAAACAAGUGCUCCAAAUCUGUGGAGGUUGGUGAGUUUGAAGGAGAGCAAGUGUUGGAUGAUGACAACAUCCUUCCUCCAUACGUGCUUCAAUCUGAGGAUGGAGGUCCCCGGGUCACCAUAAAUACGGCCAUUGGACACAUUAACAGGUAUUGUGCUCGGCUGCCCAGUGACCCCUUUACCCACUUGGCUCCCAAGUGUAAAACUAUGGAGACGCAAGACGGAAGAUUCCAGUCUACACUUUAUUUACCCAUUAACUCCCCACUAAGAGUGCCUGUUAAGGGUCCAAAAAUGAAUUGUGCCAGAUUGGCAGAGAAAGCAGUUGCACUGCUUUGUUGUGAGAAACUCCAUCGAAUAGGUGAGCUGGAUGAUCAUUUGAUGCCAGUCGGGAAAGAGACCGUAAAGUAUGAGGAAGAGCUCGACCUUCAUGAUGAAGAGGAAACCAGCGUUCCUGGCCGGCCUGGCUCAACAAAGAGGAGGCAGUGCUAUCCUAAAACUAUACCAGAGUGUUUGCAGGACAGUUAUACUGUACCCGAGCAUACUUACUACCUAUAUGUCAUUGGGAUGGUCCUCACCACGCCACUCCCGGAUGAGCUCAACUUUCGCCGACGGAAGCUUUACCCACCAGAGGAUAGCACCCGGUGUUUUGGGAUCCUGACAGCGAAACCCAUACCGCGAAUCCCCCAUUUUCCGGUCUACACACGCUCGGGUGAGGUGACUAUCUCCAUUGAGCUACAAAAGUCCGGCUUCAACCUCACCGCCACUGAGCUUGACCUCAUCAUUCGCCUGCACCAGUACAUCUUCUCCCAUAUCCUCCGCCUAGAAAAACCUGCACUCGAAUUCAAGCCUACUCUUGCUGAUUCUGCUUAUUGUGUUCUACCUCUCAAUGUUGUUGGAGAUUCCAACACGCUUGAUAUGGACUUCAAGUUCAUGGAGGAUAUUGAAAAGUCUGAGGCUCGAACUGGCAUUCCGACGACUCAUUACACCAAACAGAACCCCUUCACCUUCAAAUUGGAGGAUUACCAGGAUGCUGUCAUCAUUCCAAGGUACCGUAACUUCGACCAGCCACAUCGCUUUUAUGUCGCUGAUGUGUACACAGACCUCACACCUCUUAGCAAGUUUCCUUCACCAGAAUAUGAGACGUUCGCUGAGUACUACAAAACUAAGUACAACCUGGACCUGUCCAACCUGAACCAGCCACUCUUGGAUGUUGACCAUACCUCAUCCAGACUGAAUCUCUUAACACCCCGUCACCUGAACCAAAAGGGCAAAGCACUGCCCCUCAGCAGUGCAGAGAAGAGGAAAGCAAAAUGGGAAAGUCUGCAGAACAAACAGAUCCUGGUUCCAGAACUUUGUGCCAUACACCCCAUCCCUGCAUCCCUUUGGAGGAAGGCAGUGUGUUUGCCCAGUAUCCUCUACCGUCUCCACUGCCUCUUGACAGCAGAGGAACUCAGAUCCCAGACAGCCAGUGAAGCUGGAGUUGGAUCACAAAUUCUUCCUCCUGAUUUUAGGUAUCCAAACUUGGACUUUGGGUGGAAGAAAUCAAUUGACAGCAAAAUAUUCACAUCCUUAAGUGAGGAUAAUGACCUUCAUCGUAAGCACCAGUCACCUGAUUCCAUUUCAGUCAUGGAUGAAAGUCAUCUUCAGCAUUCCCAAGCCAUUGUCAGUUCUGACAAGAACUUUCUGAACGGCACUACUCUAAUUCCUGACAAUGGUGGCAUCAGCCUCCCAGUAGGAGAGCACAUUCACCUACAUAACUGUCAAUGCUCCCAGUGUCAAUUUCUUGAACUGCUUCAUCCUGAAACAAUGCAAAUCCCUACCUCAGUUCCUGUGCAGCCCUCUCACAGCUUGAAGAAUCCCGGCACGUGUCCUCCACAGCAUAGUGAUGAAUGUACACCAGAAAGGAACAUAGGCCACAAAAAUAAUGCUACCUCAGCCUACGGACAGGCCGAAGAGUGUCCCAGUGCUCACAAAGCACGCAAUCUUGCUGCUGUCCUGCAUCCCAGUGAAGUGGCAGGAGACUCGAUAAAAAGCCUGGGCCCCAACCCUGGCCUUAUCCUGCAGGCCUUGACCCUUUCCAAUGCCAGCGAUGGUUUCAACUUAGAGCGGCUGGAAAUGCUGGGAGAUUCGUUCCUCAAGCAUGCCAUCACCACAUAUCUGUUUUGCACCUACCCUGAUGCCCAUGAGGGCAGACUCAGCUACAUGCGCAGCAAGAAGGUGAGCAACUGUAACCUGUACCGCUUGGGGAAGAAGAAAGGACUUCCCAGCAGGAUGGUGGUGUCCAUCUUUGAUCCCCCCGUCAACUGGCUGCCUCCUGGCUAUGUCGUUAACCAGGAGAAGACCAUUAAUGACAAACUGGAUUCUGAUGAGGCCAAAGAAGAGCUUUUUCCUAAUGGAUGUUCUGGUCAUGACUGUGGUAGAGAGGCGGAAGAGGUCACUGAUGAGGGAGACCUACUUUUGAAGGAGGAGCCAAAAGAUGAGGUCAACAUAGAGGAUGACCUGGAGUACUACAAGGAACACAUCAAAUUCAUCGACAACAUGCUGCUAGGAUCUGGUGCAUUUGGCAAAAAGAUCUCUCUGAGCAGCUUCCCACCCUCUCUAACCACUGCCUCAGGCUCAUCACCAUCCAUGGAGACCCCAUAUGAAUGGAAGGUCCCAAAGAAAAACCCAUUUCCCUCAGCCCACCACCACUGUGAGACACUACCCACAGUUCCUUCAGCUGAGGACUUUGAUUACAGUUCAUGGGAUGCAAUGUGCUACCUGGACCCCAGCAAGGCAGGUGAAGAGGAUGACUUUGUGGUGGGUUUUUGGAAUCCAUCAGAGGAGAACUACGGCACUGAGCUUGGAAAGCAGUCAAUCUCUUACGACUUGCACACAGAGCAGUGCAUUGCAGACAAGAGCAUCGCUGACUGUGUUGAGGCUCUGCUUGGUUGCUAUCUGACCAGCUGUGGAGAGAGAGCUGCCCAAAUGUUCCUGUGCUCAUUGGGUUUGAAGGUGUUACCACUUGAGAGAGGGAGCUUGACUGGUGACUUUUCCUACGGCUGGUUGAAAAUCCCACCACGCUGUAUGCUGGAACAUCCAGAUGCAGAGCGAACACUCAACCACCUUAUCUCCGGCUUUGAGAAUUUUGAAAAAAAGAUCAACUACACAUUUCAGAACAAGGCUUACCUACUGCAAGCCUUCACCCAUGCUUCCUACCAUUACAACACCAUUACAGAUUGUUACCAACGAUUGGAGUUUCUUGGUGAUGCAAUUCUGGACUACCUCAUUACAAAGCACCUUUAUGAAGACCCGCGGCAGCACUCGCCUGGUGUACUGACUGAUCUGCGCUCAGCACUUGUCAACAACACCAUUUUUGCCUCUCUGGCCGUAAAGUAUGACUACCACAAGUACUUCAAAGCUAUCUCACCUGAACUUUUCCACGUUAUUGAUGACUUUGUGCAGUUUCAACUGGAAAAGAAUGAGAUGCAAGGCAUGGACUCUGAGCUACGACGCUCUGAAGAAGAUGAGGAGAAAGAGGAAGACAUUGAAGUCCCCAAGGCUAUGGGUGAUAUCUUUGAGUCACUCGCUGGAGGCAUUUACAUGGACAGUGGGAUGUCAUUGGAGAUGGUGUGGCAAGUGUAUUAUCCAAUGAUGAGGCCACUUAUUGCCCCGCAGAGAGAACUUACGACGGGAAGGUCCGGGUUACAGUGGAAGUCGUCGGAAAGGGCAAGUUCAAAGGAGUCGGACGGAGCUACCGUAUUGCCAAGUCGGCGGCGGCCCGACGAGCUCUGCGCAGCCUCAAAGCCAAUCAACCUCAGGUCCAAAACAACUGAGCUCUUCUCAGCAUUAAGCACCUACGCUCUUGAUGCUUAUGGAGAAAAAGCAGUAUUUGCUAUCCAACACAACACAAUGCUAGGUAGGCCCUACGUGUUAUACUAAGUGAUGAACGUCUGGGGCAGCCAGGGAACACUGUGUGGAGAUGCAACAGAAGAGGCUGACUUUUUUACAACAGAUUUGACAUCUGAUCUUUUUCAUUGUUUUUGCGCAAACACAAUCUUUAUUUUGCUCUCUUUGCUUUGGUGUAAUUAUGAAUGCUUUAUUAACAUUAAGCAAAGUGUUGAAAAUGGUCAGGUUGCAAUGUGUAUUGCUAUUUUCCCUCUUAACCUCAUCAGUAAUUAAGAUGAUGCAUAUGCCUGUUCUGUUCUCACUUUGUGCAUAGUUCAAUAAAAGUGUAAAUCGAUGUGUAUAGCUAGGAGAAAUACAAGAAAUGCUUAACUCCUCAGCCUGUGCAUUACAGCCAGUCAGUUUGUUUGUUUAAAAAAUGCUAGCAGCAGACGUACAGUAGCUACCAGAUUCCACUGGAGAGAAAAAAAAAAAAAAAACAC